CAUCAAUAUGGCAGUUCUGUAAGGUGUACUCCAGUUUUCAGUUGCACAAUCGAUUAAGCAACGCAACGUCGUGUGUGUGUUUGUGUUUAGUGUUAGUUGUAUUUCUGGAAUUUAUAGUGUGUUAAUUAAAUUAAUAUUUAUUAGCUGUCCCUUUUUUUGAAAAAAUGUCUACUACAGUAGUCAACAAUAAUGAUCCGAGAAGACCUGAAAAAAUCCAUAGGUACAAACUUCCUACUGCAAGUGCUAGUGGGGGACCCACUGAUGAUCCAAUUCCUGAUUAUAUGAAUGUUCUUAGUAUGUUUUGCAGUAUGUUUGGUCUUAUGAUGAAACUUAAAUGGUGUGCUUGGGUUGCUCUUUAUUGUUCAAGCAUCAGUUUUGCUAAUUCUCGUGUAAAUGAUGAUACAAAACAAAUUUUGAGUAGCUUCAUGCUCUCCAUUUCUGCAGUUGUGAUGUCCUACUUGCAAAAUCCUCAACCAAUGACUUUGCCAGGUUUUUCAUAACCAAAAUUUAGUGAAAGAAAAAGAGAUAAAUACAUAAAUUUGUAUUAAAUUAUUAAGAUCAUAUUUAUGUUUCAAUACAAUAUUCAUUUGUUUCAACACAGUUCAUUUAUUAAAAGGUUUAUACUUUUGCCUUUUAUAUAUUCUAUAUAAAUUCUUUUUUCUUUCUUUCUAAUAUUGUUAUUUUUGAAAGAAUAAAUAAAAAUGUAUUAAUGAA